CCUCGUCUUGACAGCUCGAGGACGACCUCCUAAUCUCCCUUCCAGGGUGCGGUUUCUGUCAAAUUCUCCCCCCUCGUGAAUCCCGAUCCCUCCUUGCCGAGUGCUUGUUCUGCCACACACACACACUCACCGCAAUGGGUCGCAAACCGAACCAGCUCAUCCUCGAGUUCUUUAUACGCGGCCAGAAACUCGAGGACGCCAGUAAUCGAUACCAGCACACGUGCAAGGCCUGCGGCGAGAAAUUCCCCAAGGGUCGCAUCGACAGUCUGACCAACCAUCUCGUCAAGAAGUGUCAAGCCAUUCCGCUGCGCGAUCGACAACGCGUCUUGUUGCGACUCCACGAACUGCCCGACCUGGCCGACGGGGAUCAGAACAAGGACGUCACGGGACAAAACAAGGGCAAGUCGGUCGAUCUGCCGUUCGCGACUCGUCAGAAUUUUGAUGGUCUCAAUGUGUUGGCCGAGGCUUCGAGGCAAGUUGGUGCUUCCGACCAGACCAAACGGGGUCCCGCAUACACCCAGUCCGUGACUGUGGGGGGCAAGACGGUGGUCGUGGAUCCGGCGCUCGAAGCCGAGGGCUUUCAGGGACAUCCUACACAGCCUGAGCAGAUAGAGGAAGAUGCGAACCCUCCAGGAACUCCUCAAGGGUCCAACGCCUCUUCUCUGCCUUCCUUGCCCAGCUCUUCGCAAGAUCAGCCCCAAGCCGCUUCUCCAUUGCCCGAGGCCUCGUUGACCCCCGAUCCCACCUCCAACGCGCGCCAGUCGCAACUGUCCAUGAUUGCUGCCUCCGCGAGCGAAAUGGUUCCCCAUGGACUUCCAAUGGAUCACGAUGCUGGCGCUGGCCUUGCCGAUGGCCUGCCCAAAAUGAGUCCUUCCUGGAACCAACAGCUGUCCACUCAGGAGCAGCUCCUUUUCGACAGCCUCCAAGAACACGACCCAACACUGACUGCAGCCACACAACGCGCCGCUUCCUUCCCUCGUCCGAUCGCGAUGAACCCCAAUUCUCAGGCCAAGGGCUUCGUGAACGAGUUUGGCAAUUCCACCAAGCCGUCCAAACCCAAGGUGCGCGGUCGCUUCUCCGCCGCCAGACGCAGAGAGGUUCAGGAAGUUCGCAAACGGGGCGCGUGUAUCCGUUGCCGCAUGCUCAAGAAGCCUUGCUCCGGUGACAGCCCUUGCACCACCUGCGCCAGCGUUGAAAGCGCCCGCUUGUGGAAGCACCCGUGCAUUCGCACCCGCAUUGCAGAAGAAUUCGAGCUGUACAGUGCAAACUUGCACGCUACGCUUGCUUAUCACGACGUGAGCGGUAUUCGCAACCAAAUCAAAUUCGAACACUACGCUGGACGUAUUGAGGUGACUCACUUCGAGGAGAGCAUGGUCUACGUUACCUUUAGUGGGUUGCAAGGUCACAAGGCGUCUGCAUCGACGCUAGACCCUCAGCUCCAGGCCCUCGGAGAUGAUUCGCAGUUCCAGGGACCCCUCCAUGAGUUGUAUCUGCUCGACAGCGACGCAGAUGAUCUUCCUGGCAAGAUCGAGAUGUACAUCAAGAAGACCGCGCCAUUUUUCUACGAGCGGGAGACCUCCGACUUUAUGAGACCUACUCUGAUGCUUGCAGCCGAGCUGAGCCAGCAGAAAAAGGAUCUGUUGCUUGAGCGGGUGCUGGAACUCUGGAUUGCCACUCACAUUCUGGCCGACGGGGAAUUGCAGUGGAAGACGUACUGCAACCCGACUCUUCCUCCCACCUCGAUGCACUCUCUCGCACAGCCUUCAGACGACGGACGCACGCCAAUCGAUAGUGUCACCAACAGUGAGUCCUACGAACUCUUAUGCAGCCAGCUGCGUGCGGCAACCGAGAAACGCGCGUCCCAGUUGAGCAAGUCGGUGAUGAACGAUCUCGAGCGGCGGCUGCUCCAGCGCCAGCAGAGCGGCUGGUUCGAGACUUUCUUGGUGGCGCUUAUCUUGUUGAAUUGCGUGGAGAGAACGUGCUGGCUGUUCCGAUCCUGGGAUGACGAGAACUUUGCGCAGCGAUGGCCCUUGGACAAGCGUCCGCCUUAUUACUCCAACCAGGGCGAUCGCUUCUCCGACAUCCUGCAUAUGCUGCUGAAGAUGCGCAGUCUCCCGCCCAAGGCCACUCCCCGACCCGAUACCGGCAUUCUGAAGGCUGUCGACGGCAGCGACGAGAACGCCACUCGCUGGUUCGACAUGAUCAAGGUGACUCCUCUCUUCCUCGAACAGCGUCAAGCCACCGUCUUCGACCCGUCCGACUCCCGCUCGCUCGACCUCCGCUACGGAGCCAAGCUCCUCCCCCCUACCAACGUCUACACGUGAUGCUUCCUUGCUGUGGGAUCCUUGUUGACGAAAAGCAAACGACAUUGAUGAUGAAACCAACAACAAACCAAUAACCUUGACUUAAGCGGGUUCUU